AGCGGCGUCGCGACGCGAGCCUUCCGCGUCCGUCGGUCUUCGCCACCGCGCGCAUCGCUGUCAUUCGAAUUCGGUUCAGGUGUGCUUCGCGCUACGGGAAGGACCGCGAAGACUCUUUCAUCUGUUACAUUCGAGAGCGAAAUACACCCUGAAGACCGACAACCAUCCCCGACGUUGCGGAAAAUUGUACGGAGGGACAUCGCGACGCCGAAGGCGCCACGACGGCGUAACAGAUUUUCAUAGGCCAAUCAAGACGAAUUCUUCUCGUAAACGCGGACCAUCGGAUUAAGGGUGCCCUCGAGAUGCGGUGAUGGCUUUGUUGUAUAGGUUCGCGCAGCUGCACGAUCGCAGUGGCACGCGGGUCUUCUCCUUCGUCGUCACUAGGACCGUCGUGCGCGAUCCUGAGAGGGACGUCACGAGCAAAGAACUAGUAUGCGGUUUUCAGAGAUGGGCCGUCGCUUUCUCGCGCGGGGAAAAGGUUCUCGGCGUGUACCUGGUAUGGCGUGGCGCAUCAAGAAACCUCCGCGUGUACGUGGAUUUCACGUUCACGCUGCUGAAUCGAGAGCACUUCUCCAUGAACGAGAGCUUCUCCGGCAAACGCGUCAAGUUUACCUAUGAGGCUCCAGCGCAAGGCAAUCGUAGCUACAUCGCCGUGGCGGAUCUCUUCAGCCGUAAUUUCGCCGACACAAACGGCGAGUUCCAGCUGGAGCUGUCCAUGGCGAACGUGCGGACUGUCUAUAUGACCGAGGUCAGGAUGCCGACGUCGGUAUUCUCGGCGGGCCAGACGAAGCCGAGCAAGCUGGAGACCGAUUACAUCGCGUUCGGCGGUUUCGACUGGAACUUGGUCAUCUAUCCGCAUGGCAAGGAUACGGACGGUCGCGGUCAGGAGAGUCGCGUGAGCGUUUAUCUGAUGAGACUAUCGGGGUUUGAUCAUCGGUGCCGGGUAAGGUAUAGUCUGGCGCUAGGCGAGGGCGAUCGACGGAUCGAUUCCGGACCGAUCGAGGACAUCUCCGACGCUGAAGGUUGUGGCUUCGGAUGGCACACCAGGGUCAGGUGGUCUGACAUCGCGCACAAGGGCACGCUCCGAGUAUCGUUGGAGAUGCUCGAGGCGAGAACCAUCUGCGAGAUUGCGGUGCAAGCGUUGAGUCCGUCGCUGCCGUUGCCUGCCGCGCCCUGCUACGAUCGCGACAAGCAAGCCUGGGCUAUCCGUGCCGAUCUUAACUCCGACACGGUCAGGCUGCACCUAGUGUAUAAAGACAUCCACAAUGUGCCGAGGAAUCAUUUAAGGUACGUCAGUUGGUCGGCAUAUCUGCUAAGGAGCGAGGGACCAAACGUCGUGCCGAUUGGACUGCCCGGCGAACCAUUCAGCCGCUACUACGUUCAAGAAUCCGCCGACGAGGGUAUCAUCAUGGAAACUAACGUGGAUAUGAACGAGGUGAAAGAGAAUCACUGUCCAUAUCUCACGGAUAAGGGCCAACUGAGAAUCCGGCUGGAGUGGAACGAGAGUCACUUGCUUUUCCAGGCGACCUAUCACAAAUAUGAUGACGUGUGCCGCGUGCACAAUCAACAGAUGCGGCGCGAGAUCGUGUCAUUACAGGCGGAGAAUUACAGUCUUGAACGGCAGUUAUUCAGCUACCAGAAGAGUCUAGCGUACGCACAGGCGCAACAGCAGCAGCAGCAACACCCAAAUCAACAGCACUCGGUAGGUCAUCAGGGCCACUUGGAGCGUUCGGCAUCCAGCGACACCGAAUACGCCUGACAAGUGGAACGCGAGCUAUCAAUAUCACCAACACCAUCAAGUCGGCGUCAAUUGCCGGUAGCAGCGACGCUGGGGGCGAUACUGCAGGACGACGACCAGCAAGUACAUCAGAACCUCGUCAGAAUGAUGGACCGGCGAUUGAGCAACGUGCAGCUGCAGCAGCAUUUCUACGAGGAACAGCAUCGCCGUCAGCAACAUCGGCACAGCAACGCCAGUAGUGGAGGCAGUGGCAUCUCCUCGCCCAGGCGAAGCAUCGAUCGCAACGGCCAGGAGCAUCGUCGCAGCAUCCUGCAGCAGCCCAGGUCCAGUGUCGGCGCCAGGUCCAGCAAUGGCGGCAAUCAUGAGACUCGCGCCGCCAAUAUGAAUAAUGAUCAGUAUGCCAACUACUACUUGGGAUACGUCGGCCAAGCGGCGCACAAGCGACGUAGGACCACAUUCUGGGAGACGUUGACGGGGCUAGUGUGUUCCCUGGGCGCUUUGGCCUCUAGAGCGGCGAAGAUGGCCGCCAGGAGGGGGGAUCCUCUCUGAGGGUACGAUCAUUUCGAGACCCGACGCGACCGCGUAAGGAUCAGGCGCGGACACGCGACGUGGGACUCGUUUUGGUCUGCAUGUAUAGCGCGUUCUGUCUCGUUUAAAUCGAUCCAAUAUCUCCCGUGGGUGGAUUACGAGGGAUACCGGAAAAGAAAGUUGUUUUAAUAAUCGAGGUAUCCUGUACCUUCGAGAUAAAAUACACCUGGCGUAUGCGACAUGUCGCGACUAUCUCUUGUAUACGUGGUGUUUCUAUAAAUGGAAAAUUAUACUUCUUUGUGUAUAUUUAGUAUCUGUUAUAUACACCUUAGGUUUUUUUAUUUAGUUUGUUUCGAAAUUUAACGUUGAUAAAUAUUGAAUUAAUUUUUUGUCAAAUCCUCAUCGACAUGACGUAACGCGUCAUAUUGACGGGAUUUUGAGAUUUUUCCUAAAUUUCAUGGUUCAUUGAUAUAUAUUUUGCAGGAAUUGUUUUCUGUAUACCUAUAUACCUCCCGCGCGCGUGUAAAAAAUGUAUCUUUCCAUUCCAAAGAUGUCUUUGAUAUGCAAUGCGAAAAAUGCGUCCUACAUGCCGUAUAUCCCCUCAGAUAUGGUCGGCUUCAUACGAAACGUGUUUGCGAAGGGUUCCUGCUUUAGAUGGAAAGAGUAAAGGGAGAUCGCCGAUUUUACCGAUUUUAUGAGAUAGAGCGUCCCGUAUAUAUGCGAAACGGAAACGCGGUAGGGAAAAAAAGGUUCCGGAAAAAGAGGAUCGCAGGGAGAGCCUAGGGCCGUGUUCUCCUCUACUCUACACCUGCACACGUGCAGAUCUACACUCACGAACACACAUCUACACGAACACGAAUCUAUCUACUUGUCAAUUUACUAAAGAACCUAUUUUCCUCUAAAGACUUUUUUCACCUAUUGUGUACAUCGCCGUGGAAGUACGAGGAUAUGCGCAUUGGCAUAGUCGCCAAGCCAAUAACAGUACUGUAAUUAUCGUAGUACGUAUACUAAACAGAACUUUAGAGUACAUCAAUGUUAUAUAAGUGAACAAAUACACAGGGGAAAAGGAAGAAACGAAGAAGAAGAGAGAAGGAAAAGCACGGACUGGUGCUUCUUUGAGAGUCCUUAAAAGGCUGCUUCUUACGAUGCGCAUAAAUGCCGUCGCCGUACGAAUUAAGUUCACUCGGACGCCCUAAUCGAUUCCCUUUGCCCCUUUCUAAUUAAUCUGUUUACUCGAGCAUCAGGAAUAUCAUCAUCACGUAGUUCCAUGUUUUCGUUCGUGUUAUCACUAUUAGUCUAUGUAGAAAUAUUUAGUAUAAAAGUACCAGUUCUAUUUAUUCCAAAGUGACUAUCUGAAAUAUACGUGGAUCGAUAGGAAUUCAUAAAAACGUAUUUUGCAAAUUUGAAUCUAUUUUAUAUUUUCGUAAGUCGAGAUUAGCUGUAAUAUCUGUCAAUUUUUCCCUUAUAAAUUGGAAUAAACGAAAUAUUUAAAAGAUUUAUUUCCUUAGAUUGACGCAGAUUUCUAUUUCUCUAUUUCUGAAAAACGUAAAAUAGAUGUGUCGAUAGAUUAGCAAGAUAAGAAUAUAUAAACUAUAUAAUUCCGGAAACUUUGAAGUAAUCUCUGACUUCAAAAACGUAGAAUCUGAAUUCAUAGAAGUGAUCCCUGUGCGAUUUCUUUUUAUAACUUGCCUAUCUUUCGAGCAUUCUGCAGAACCAACCGAUCGAUCACGUACGCAAAGUAUCACACAAUAAUUAAAGGCAUUUAAAUAGAGGAACGAUUACAUCAUUCGCAGGCUGUAAUCAAGAACUGCACUCGCCCUUUUCGUGGACGACUAGAUAAUCAGGAUAAAAAAGAACAGAAAAAUAAAAAAACGAACAGAGGUAUCAUUCUGCUAUUAUAUUAUAUGUAUAUUUAUGAGUUUGACGUCAUGACGACGUCUGAUUAAUUUUUUAAAGACUCGCUUGUAUACAUUUUUAGUUACUUUAUUACGAGAGUAUCGGUCACCUACUUUUCUAUUUUAAUAUUUGUGUACUGAUCGAGUAAUAAACUCAGUACCUCGAUAUAAGUAAGCAUCUCGAUGUCGCAGCGAAAGACGAUAUAAUUUUCAACUCUGUUAUUUCAAACACAAUGCUGACUCUAUCGUUCGCCGACUUAAAGUUCUUUUUGAGAUGGAAAUUAUUAUAUAAAGAGAGUAAAGUAAGAUGGAAAGUUUUCUGUAUUUUUUUCACAUUCAUAUUUAAUUUACGACUUAUCAACAUUCUUAUCAAAAAUCAAUGUCUGUAAUUAAUUUGCAGUUCUUUGAAAUUCCUUAGCCACUUAAAACAAGCUUGCGAUAAUGAGAACAUUUUAUUUUGUGAGAUGUUACUUGAUUACUGAAGAAAAUCUUCGAUUAUUAAAAUUUUUAAUUAUUGAAGAUAUUUACGGUUCUUCCAAAACUGAAAUGCAAUGCAUACGAUGCAGAAUUCCAAUCGUAAACAUUUUGCGAGAAAUGACAGAUUUGUGUUAUUUGAUACUGUUUUUCGUAGCUAAUGCAUAUACUCAUAUUUACCGUAUAUUCGCAAGAGUGCACAGUUGCAAUCUUUUUUCGUACACCGAUCGUAGCUUGAAUUCCUGAUAUAUAGAAAUGUUUUUCUGUUUAGGUGAUGCUCCAAAGAAUCAUUUCUCGUAUUCAUUCCUUUGAUGUUAAACGAUAAACAAGAGAUAUUAAUACAUAAGAGAUAAUAUUUCUCAAUAAAUAAGAUUUUAUACGUGCUGUAGUCAGAGAAUUUUGCGACCUUUUCCCGGCAUUUUCAUCUUACUUUACUCUCUCUCUCUCCCUGUCUCUGUUCUUGUAACACGAUGUAAUAAUUUCCGCCUCGGCUCACUACCGCGGUAUUUUCUGCUAUACAUGUGAGCGCCGUACGUAACCGAAAUACAUAGUUAUGCGAACCAUGUGCCGCACCAUCUUCGCAAGUAUGUAUAUAUCUGCGACACCCAGAGCAGGUAGCCUGUGAUCGAUACAGUAUCGCUGGUUUGCACAUUGGAUAUAUCCUCGCAAAUACAUACGCACCCAUUUACAUACAGCCGAAAUACUGUCUUGCGUUAUGUAAUGUGUGCGUGUGCGCGGCGCGCGCGUGUGUGUAGGUAUGCGUCUUCAGGUAACACCUCGCUCAUAUCUAAAAUCGCUUUCCUCGCAACAUCUGCAGCGAACGUCAAUCUACCUAAAAGUAUUUGUUAACACUGGAACCGCCGAUGGCACGUUAUCCUAUCCAUUUUCGAAAUCAAAACCGCAUGGAUGCAAAAGAACCGUUUUCUACAUCGGCGCAUCGUUACAUUCGGACUGAAUUUUUCAGACUGAAAAAUUACCUUGUCAAGAUAACAGAUUUUCAAUUUUUGACUGUAUCACGCUCUAAAAAAUUCCAAAAACCCAUCGGUUUUGCUGUGUGCGUUAACAGUUCGAUUAACACCGAACGCAAGUAAACGCAUUUCAUUCGGUGACGAAACGAGAUUUUUCCAGAUUUCAUUUUGGCUUUGAUAGAAACUUCGAUCUCUCUCUCCUUUGUUCUCCCCCUAAAUCUCCCAAUUCAUUUCACGUUUCUUCAGAUUCCAGUCCGCGUGUUAUUUAAGAUGUGUCAGUUAACAUUUACACGAUACAGAAAUGAUAUAUAAGAAUGUAGUUCAUAAUAUAUAUUCAAACGUGCUCUGAUUAAUCUUGAAACUGAUAGUGGCCAUCGGGCAAGAUACACGAUUGUACAGUUGAAAGUAUUAGGGAUUUCUCCGACGAAGAGUGCUACGACGUAAAGCGUCCUCGAAAGGAACGUAGUAACAUGUAAAGCUGCGAAUGGACCAGACUCGCGACAGUAGCUCGUAACAAUAUGCCCGCACCGCGCACAAUCCGUGUACUAGUACUGCAGUCAAUUCCAUCGGGAUUGCAUCGGUCCUGACCGUGUCCUAGCGAGAAAAAUUCUCCUCAGCUUCCUUCGGCAGGAUGGAUUUGCGACCGCGGGAAAAAAGCGCUCCUUUCGACCCGAAACUUUCUACUACUUGAACUCGCGUUCGUGACAGGCGUAUAUAGCAGCAGCUCUGACAAUCGCACCUAAUCUCAUCGCCACGAUGAAGAUCGAAUGUUCGACCGCCGACGUGAUUUCUGACCUUUCCGCCUUGACACUUUUAGGGAUUCCGACAGUGUGUCUUGGGUCACACGAUGAUUGAGAUUGAACGGACAGCGAUCGCCAAAUUUCUAGAAAUGCUUCAUUUCUAACUUUCCAUUUUUAAUUAUUAUUAGUAUUUUUGAUCAAUUAUAAAUUAAUAGAUGUAUCGAUAACUUAUGGUACACUCUAACCGUUUAAAUGCAAAAUUAGAUCCUAAAUAAUCGUUAAUUUUUUUACCCUAUUUAUAUAGACGAUCUAUAAAAUAAUAGUAAAACAAUACAAAGUGAUUAUAAAUUUAUGCGAAAUUAUAUAAAAAUUACAUAUAAAUUAUUAUUAAAAAUUAUUAAAUAAUUCUGCAAUGCUUUAAAUGUUUGGUUGAACUUAAUGUUGAUAGCAUAUAGCAAAAUAAUCGCAAACAAUAAGUAAUCUUCAGCACAUAGUUAUUCUGCACAGUCACACAAUAGACGUGCACAAUUUAGUCAAUUAAUUUCAAUCUCGCAAAACCGGCAUGCUGGCGCAACAAGUGACAAAGCAAAAUUUAUCUCACUAAAUGAUUAUGUAACGAAUGCACGCGUUGAACGAAAAAGAUACUCCAAGAAAAGUAAUAACUGCAGAAAAUGCCUCAGUUUAAAAAAUAAAUUCAAAUCGGUAUCGAGAUGUAAACCAAUUAUGGAUUUUCAAUCGAAUCUGAGCCACCGUUUUAAUCAUCCGGCGAUGAUGAUCUGACGAUCUGACGAUUAACAAUUAAUACGAAAAAACGGAAUGCGCCGGCGGUGGAAUAUAUAUGCAGAAAAUAAUAAGAACGCUCUAGUAAUAGUGACACGCGCAUAGUCGCGCUUAUUAGCUAGUACGUACGACAAAAUCGAUCCGCGAUCGAUCUCGCGUUCUCUCUCGCGUGCGUUUCAUUCUACAUCCAUCGCGCCCAUUUACUUGCCGACACCGUAUUCGUUCGACACACACGUUAUACAAAAUAUGUAUAUAUAUAUAUACACGAUUUUUCAAUGUGUACGUCGUCGUUUUCCGCGCCAUUGUGUCGCAGCCGAACCGCAGCAAUUUCCAUGACUCCGCGAUUCGCGAUUGUGCGCCUCUGCGAAAAAUAUAAAACGUACUUCCGCCGUCAUAAUCGCUCACUAAUAAUAAUUUUCUGCACCGUAUUAUAAAUAAGGCUUCGAAAGAGAUUAUCACGGUGAAUCGCGCUUUUCAGUUCCAAUCUGGCAAAUCUGGAGAACAAUCAACUGAGCAAAUCGACUGAGCAAAGUCAGGAUAAAUGUGCAGCGCGCACGAGAUCGCGAAUAGAAUGUGAUUAAAGGAACCGUGUACAUAUAUGCAUAUACAAUAUGUAUGAUAUACGAUACAUACGUAUAUUUGUAUACAACAUGUACAUACAUUUGAUAUAUCGAGCGCACACUAUAUACAUUACAUUAUCCAGUCAUCCUGAAUAGAGAACGAGACAUUACUAACUAUAUCGCGGAAAAAAUACAGCAAUGCGCUUUCUGUUCCGUUUUCGCGAUGUGUCACGAUAAAGGAAAUUAAUUGCUUUUGCAUUAUUCAUCGCUCGCAGAUAAAAAGACAAUUUUUAGGCGACGAUACUAUGGCGCAACACGAGGAAGCUUAUGUAAAGUAUAGUUCAGCCUUUCCUUUUUCCACCUGUCAUCCAAACGAGGACUCCUUUAAAUUAAUGUUAUAUAUCCGUACAACUUUCGAGCACACAAUGCAAGAGCACAUUUUCUGCGACCUUUUUUCAUCCGUGUGAUUCUACUAAAAACGAUUAAAAAGAAAAAAAAUGAAAAAAAAAAACAAACAUGUGAACGCAAAACACACUCUCAAGAGUUUUGAGACAAAUACUAAUGUACUUAAACCAUCUGUGAGUCUGCCUCGUCUUUUAUAAAGUUCUUGCUAUAU